AUGGCUAAACACACCGGAGACAAGCCUCUCUUGUGUGGAGAGUGUGGGUACAGGACGACUGACAUGGCUUUCUUAACCAUACACAUGAGAAAACACACUGGCAAAGGCAACUUAGACCAACACGUGGUUAGACACAACGGAGAAAAACCCUACAUGUGUGGGGAGUGCGGGUUCAGGACGGCUUUCAAGUCUUCCUUAGCCACACACAUGAAAAGACAUACAGGUGUGAAACCUUAUAAAUGUGACCAGUGCGACUAUUCAGCUGCAGAGAAAUCCACGUUAGGCCAACACAUGACUAGACACACCGGCGAAAAGCCAUACAUGUGUGGGGAAUGCGGAUACAGGACGGUUACCAGGUAUUCCUUAACCGUGCACAUGAGAACACAUACUGAUAACAGACAUUUUCGUACAAAGGAGAGUGAUGUCACGACCUGUAGCCAAAAUGCCCUACCAAAGAGCACACAGUAG